UGAGUUUUAUCGUCAAAAUUGUAUCAAUAUCUGAGAUGAAGGUGUUGCUGCUCUUCCUCGCGCUUGAGGCACUGCUAACGACGCCUACAGCGGCUUUCGGGCGGCGCCCGCCUAGCAAUAAUGAGUCAAAACCUCCUGCUGUGCUCUGGUACGCUCCUUUUCUAAGCGGCGGCGGCUACUGCAGCGAAGCACACUCGUACGUGGUGGCCGUUGACGCCGCGAUGGGAAUGUCGAGUUUAUCGUCCUCAACCACUGGUAGUCAGGGCGAACCAAAGUCUGUACAAGAUACUGGAACAGAUAGCGCAUCAGAGAAGCCCUUUGAGCUGCUGAUCACGCAGCAUGGGGACUCACUCAACCCGGCUUUUAUCCGAGACCUGCCUGAGGACAUGAAGGCCAAGCUGGAGCAGCAUUGGAUCGAGGAGAGGGAUUUUUACUGGCGUUUGAAGCACAGGAAAACUGCUCUAGCAAUUUGCCAUUCAGAACCGGGAGCAUGGGAGCCUGCGCACUACAUCACGUCCCGUUGUCCGCCGGAGGGGGCACUCUACAAGGUCGGACGCACCAUGUUCGAGACGGACCGAGUUCCCAGGGGUUGGCCCGAACGGAUGAACAAGAUGGAUGAGAUCUGGGUACCUACCAAGUUCCAGGAGAAGAUUUUUAUUGAUGGAGGAGUGAGACCCGAAGCGGUGAAGGUCGUACCGGAGGUGGUGGACGUGGAUUUCUUCGAUCCUGAGAAGGUGAAGCAAGUGUACGAUCUGGCCAGCGAGGUGGCGUUUAAGAUGACGGAGAAGACGACUGUGUAUUUGUCCGUUUUCAAGUGGGAGGAGAGGAAGGCAUGGAGAGUGCUGUUGAAGGCAUAUUUCCAGGCGUUCACCGCGGAGGAUGAUGCUGUUCUAGUGUUGCUUACGAACGGAUACCACACGACGUCAUCGUCGGCCGAUGACUUUAUGAAUGUGAUCGAGAAGUUUGCGUUAGAAGCGGUCGGCAAGAAACUUGAUGAAUUGUCAAACGUUCACGUGCUACCUCCACAUAUUCCUCAGGACACCAUGCCGUCUCUGUACAAGGCUGCCCAUGCGUUCGUUCUGCCGUCGCGUGGUGAAGGGUGGGGUCGACCGCAUGUCGAGGCGAUGGCGAUGGAACGUCCUGUGAUCGCUACCUUCUGGAGUGGCACUACGGAGUACAUGACGGAGGAAAACUCGUAUCCACUCAAGAUUGACGGCCUCAUUGAGAUUGAGGAAGGCGCGUUUAAAGGGCAUAAGUGGGCUGAUCCUUCUGUAAAGCACCUGAAGGAGCUUCUGCUUCGGAUCAAGGAGCAUCCGCAGGUAAGGCGCUGGAAGAAAUGAUAUUGAUCCAUUUUUUUUAUCUUAUCUCGCGAAUGUCCUUUGUAGGAAGCGGUUGCUAAGGGUAAGCAAGCUCGCAAAGACAUGGUGGACAAAUAUUCCCCGGAAAUUAUUGGAGAGAUCGUCCUCGGACACAUUACUCGAAUCUUGGAGCAUGUUGCUGCACAGAAAGAAACUGCAGUUGCUCACGAAGAGCUAUAGAGUGAUCGUUUCAUGACUCUAGAAAGUGUACUUCGAAGCAAGAUUGGUAAACAUUCCGUUCAUUCUAAGGUGGCAGGAUUGUCUACUCCUCCAUGUUGAAAAUGGCAAAACGUGUGCCACCUGCUCGCGUGGAAGACGACAAACAAGCUGAAAAAUUCCUCAGCAAAUCUACAAAGUGCAACACUCCACUGCGCAGUCUCUAUCGUACUCCUCUUGUGUCAACCAAGUGCGAUGCAACCAGAGAGCUUUUGUCGGUGCAGACGGACCGGGUUGGACUUCACCAUUGAGGACCUGUUGCAUUCGGGUCGCAGGCUGGGCACCUUCUCCAAUCGGCCGCAAUGUUCCAAUGAUUCGUCGUACCAUGUGCCGCAAGAAUCCGUUGGCCACAAGCUCAAUGCAGACGAAAUGCACUGUUGCGCCUACUUUCGCUUGCUCGACCUUCCUCUUCUUGUGGUCACCUGUGGCUACAGCGUUGCUAUCGUCCGAAUUGUGUUUAUCGUAAACAAUACUAUUGCUUGGUUCGCGAUACAUAUCAGCAACGUCAAUAACCUCCUCGCCACUGCCGGACACUUGGGGGUCUAGCGAAAAGUUCACAUUGCUACCGCCCACAACAUUCAAACGUAAGCUCUUGAUACGCAGUUGAUAAUGAGAAUAUUAGACGUACCGUCGAACAACCACUUUGGCCGAG